CCUAUCCGAACACAAACCCCUAGAAAAACAAAGUCAUUCGGAAUAAUGGUCAGCAGCAGAAUAGAGCGCCUUUUUCUUGUUGCGGCGGCACUUGCGGCUCCGACCGCCAUUGAAGCCCUCGCGGGCGCCCCACAGAAGGAAUUCACGGGUGCCGGUAUCGGUCGCCUGAAUAUGGACGAAUUGGCCGGAAAGGCGGGAACAUGGAACUGCCAUUACGAUAUGAUCUUGGUAGAACGCCUCCAGAAACAAAAGGGUCCGCAGGAUGUCGAAGACGACGGACUCUUCGUUCCUGAAUCGGAUAUGCCUCGUUUCCAUCUUUGCAGAGUUUUGAGCAAAGGAAAUGGACGAGAAGAAGAGAACGGCAUGGUGGCACCCGACAUCAACGGUCUGCAGGUCGGUGACUUGGUGGUUGCCAAGAACCCCUGGGGAAUUGGUCCCAAGGACGAAGAGUUGUCCGAUGGUACAAAAUUGAGCUUUAUGAGGGAGAUCGAUAUCGCCGCCAAGGUCACGGGUGAACUAAAUUAAUAGCGAAGUGAUAACAACUGCCGAAGUUUUUGACUGGAACAAAAAUGCUUGGAAUUUGCUUUUUCCGCCACAGGCAUGAUGUUCUCAAACAAAACUGCACAAGGAAUCAACGGUCAAGCAGAGAAUUUGACUCAUUGACUUCGGGAACGUGCCUCGGACACUCUAUUUGAGGGUCCUCGCGUCCAAGGUAUUCGUUAAGUAAAGGAAUACGACGACCUUUUAUGUCCUACGUAGGCAAUAGAAAUGUUAUAAGGAG